UCGAGUCGGUGGCCUGUCGCUUUAAAUAUUCCUGCCGAAAAGCAUCAUGGGUAAUGCGUCUCCUUUCGCUUCUCGCUCUGCUGCAGGAGGGACGAUCGCGCUUCAGCAAAUCGAGCUGAAUUUGGACCGAAUGUUGUGAAUCCUCGACGCGGGACGCCCUCGAUCGCGACUUCCGUGGACUAAAACGUCAUUCGUGCAAUCUUCGUGCCCGGUUGGAGGCGUCUCGUGCACCUUGAAGCUUCUCGGCCUAGCUUAGCAUAGCAUAGCCUAGCCUAGCUUAGCUUGCUAAGAAAGAGACGCGUUUGUGAACAACACUUCGCUAAGCAGAGAUCAAGCGUGAGGGAAAGUGUUCUUCUUUGCGCCACCUACGAAGCGGAAAGUGUUGCGAUCUUCGUGUGAAAAUGUGUGCAACGAGGACGCCGGAGUACGACGAGGAGGAGGAACUUUGUGGCCCAGAAGAGGAGAAGGAGCCACGUCUUCAACUUCUGCAGCCUUGCACUGUGCUACGCGGAGCAGACAUCACUGAAGAUCAUCUUACUGAGCAGCAGGAGCCAGAACCCCCUCACAUUAAAGAGGAAACGGCGGAUGAAGAGGUCCGCCACAUCAAGGAGGAAGAGGAGCCCAUUUUGAUUAAAAAAGAGGAGGAAGAAGCAUACCCCCACAUCAAACAGGAAGAGGAGGAGGAGGAUAUCACCAAGGUUCCAUCGACUGGUGUCCCUUUGAAGAGUGAAGAUGAAGGUCAAAGUGAGGAGAGCAGAGGGGCGGAGCCUCCAAGCAGCAGCGCAAGUCAACACAUGACAACAGAAGGUGGUGGAGACCACUGUGGAGGAUCACAAGCAGAUGGCCUCUUACCUCCACUGUCAGACAGUGACAGCAUGAUAUCACAUUCUCCUCACACUGAUGAUGAUAAACAGUCUGAAGGUGAAAUGACAUGUCACGCUGACAACAAACAAUGGAAAUGUUCUCCGUGUGGGAAAACAUUUGCUAAUAAGAGCAUUUUGAAACAACACGUGAGAACACACACUGGAGGGAAACCUUUUUCCUGCUCAGUUUGUGGUCAAAGAUUCACUUGGAAGGGAAACUUGAAAAGACACACAAGAACCCACACCGGUGAGAAACCUUUUUCCUGCUCAGUUUGUGGUCAAAGAUUCUCUGUGAAGGAAAGCUUAAAAUUACACGCAAGAACCCACACUGGUGAGAAACCUUUUUCCUGCACAGUUUGUGGUCAAAGAUUCUCUGGUCAGAAAAACUUAACAAUACACACAAGAACCCACACUGGUGAGAAACCUUUUUUCUGCUCAGAUUGUGGCAAAAGAUUCUCUAUGAAGGGACACUUAACAAUACACACAAGAACCCACACUGGUGAGAAACCUUUUUUCUGCUCAGAUUGUGGCCAAAGAUUCUCUAUGAAGGAACACUUAAAACGACACACACGAACACACACUGGAGAGAAACCUUUUUCCUGCUCAGUUUGUGGUCAAAGAUUCUCUGAAAAGGGAAAGUUAAAAAUACACACAAGAACCCACACUGGUGAGAAACCUUUUUCCUGCACAUUUUGUGGUAAAACAUUCAUUCAGAAUACAGAUUUAAAAAGACACACAAGAACACACACCGGUGAGAAACCUUUUUCCUGCUCAUUUUGUGGCCAACGAUUCUCUGGUAAGAAAAACUUAACAAUGCACACAAGAACCCACACUGGUGAGAAACCUUUUUCCUGCACAGUUUGUGGUAAAACAUUCAUUCAGCAGACAAAUUUAAAAACACACACAAGAACGCACACUGGUGAGAAACCUUUUUCCUGCUCAUUUUGUGGACAACGAUUCUCUGGUAAAAAUAGCUUAACAAUACACACAAGAACCCACACUGGUGAGAAACCUUUUUCCUGCACAGUUUGUGGUAAAACAUUCACUCAGAAGAGAUACUUAAAAACACACACAAGAAUGCACACUGGUGACAAAACCUUUUCCUGCUCGCGUUGUGGUCAGAGAUUCUCUCGUAAGGAUCGGGUGAAGACACACAAGUGUGCUGGUGAGAAUAGCAGUGAUCAAGAAGAUUUGAAUGCAAAUGCAAAUGUUUAAAAAAAUUAAUUCCAAUGUUACUGACUUACAAAAAUCUACAUUCUUGUAUUGUGUGUCCCAGCUUUUAUUGUCUUGUUGUUGUCCAUAUAUUUUCUAAAAGUCUCCCGUGUGCAAGUGUUGAGAAUUAGUGCUGUUCCCAAAAUACUUGAAAGGGACUAGUUAUUGGUGUGACCAUAGGCACUUAUUCCCUAGUUCUAGAAAGUUUGGGAAGCUUGUUGUUGAAAAAAAUCGACAGUGAACUGCCUCAUUGAGGAAAGAAGACAGCCAAUGUCGUCCCACAUGAAGGAAUUCUUGCAGAUUUAUUUGCUCAAACGUCCGCUCAAUUUUGUCGAUUGCACCACAAAUGCCACUCAGAUGUCCCAGUAGGCGUUUCUGUCGGCGGCAUUUUGAGACAGACGUACUUUGUCAUAACGUCGGCUGACCCGUGUCGAUGGUCUCGCGGCCAAACGCGUUACGUCGCUUAAUGUCCCGGAACUGCAGCUGGUCUGAUUCGAUCUUAUCUGAUCCAUAAAAUCUAAAAAAAAUGGACUGAUCGUAUUAUAUUAUACUAAUAUUUUCAGAGGUUGCAGCUGCCGUGAGUAGAGAUGUCCGCAUAAAUUUUGGUGAUGAUUGUUUACAGUUUUUGGAUGUUAAGCCCCUUUUCUUGGGUUCAUUCAUGAGGCUUGCAAGGAUUUGGGACUCGCCCGCUGUGUUUGUAUCACUUUAAUGAUUACAUCCAAAUAAAUUUGCAAUUUUUCAGUACAUUAAAUUAGUGAUUGAACAUAAUUUUUGGGUACUAACUGUUGUUCCUGUGAUGCAAUGAUACAGUAUAUGACAGCAAUAUAAGAUAUAAUACCAACUUGAACGAACCAGUGUUUGGAUACUCAAGCAAGCUGUAUUUUUUUUUCUUUUUACUUAAUUCAUUAAUUAAUUAAUUUUUUAACUUCCUGAUAAGUUGUAAUUUUGAAGGUGAGGGUAUUCCACCUGACAGCUACGAUAUAUAAAAUAUGACUAAUUCCUGCCACUUCAUGGUAUCGUGCGUUGUUUUUCCCACACCAGCGAUGCAAGUGCUUUUUAAUUUUCGAUUUUGGCGAUGAAAAAGGGGCGUUAGUUUUUUACCAAUUCCUCCCAAACUUUUUGAUAUUACAGGAAAUGACUGCUGGUUUAAUUUUUUUGAGCAAAAAAUACGUAAAAUGAACUUGUUUCUGAACUAUGGACCAUGAAGACCCAUACUUCCUUCAAGCAAUGCAUGCAUUUUACCCAAUGUUUGAGUGAUGUCAAUAUCAAAUAAGUGAAUGAUUGAUUGAAAUAAGACUGGAAAGAAACUUUUGACUUUUGGUAGUAAAUUGUAAAGUGUAUUUGUCUUUUUCUUUUGCUUUGGGCUUGUCCCGUUAGGGGUCGCCACAACGUGUCAUCCUUUUCCAUGUAAGCCUAUCUCCUGCAUCCUCCUCUCGAACACCAACUGCCCUCAGGUCUUCCCUCACGACAUCCAUCAACCUUCUCUUUGGUCUUCCUCUCGCUCUCUUGCCUGCCAGCUCCAUCCUCAUCACCCUCCAACCACUCCAACCUCAACAUCAGUGCCACUGUCUCAAAUCCGUACAUCAUGGCUGGCGUCGCCACUGUCUUAUAUACUUUGCCCUUCAUCCUAGCAGACUCUUCUGUCACAUAACACACCUAACACCUUCCUCCCCCCGUUCCAACCUGCCUGGACCCGUUUCUUCCCCCUUCCUUACCACAGUCAACAUUGCUCUGGACUGUUGACCCCAAGUAUUUGAAGUCCUCCACCCUCACUAGCUCUUCUCCUUGUAGCCUCACUCUUCCUCCUCCACCGGUCUCAUUCAUGCAUUCAUGUCUUACUUCAGCUAAUCUUCAUUCCUCUCCUUUCCAGUGCAUGCCUCCAUCUUUCUAACUGUUCCUCCAGCUGCUCCCUACUUUCACUGCAGAUCACAAUGUCAUCUGCGUACAUCAUGGUCCAUGGGGAUUCCAGUCUAACCUCAUCUGUCAGCCUAUCCAUCACCACUGCAAACAGGAAGGGGCUCAGGGCUGAUCCCUGAUGCAGUCCCACCUCCACCUUAAACUCCAAUGUCAAACCUACAACACACGUCACCCCUGUUCUGCUGCCGUCAUACAUGUCCUGUAUUAUUCUAACAUACUUCUCUGCCACUCCAGACUUCCGCAUGCAGUACCACAGUUCCUCUCUGGGUACUGUGUCAUAGGCUUUCUCUAGAUCCACAAAGACACAAUGUAGCUCCUUCUGACCUUCUCUGUACUUUUCCAUCAACACCCUCAAGGCAAAUAAUGCAUCUGUGGUACUCUUUCUAGGCAUGAAACCAUACUUCUGUCCUGAGUCUAGCAUCCACAACUCUUUCCCAUAACUUCAUUGUGUGGCUCAUCAACUUUAUUCCUCUAUAGUUCCCACAGCUCUGCACAUCACCCUUGUUCUUAAAAAUGGGCACCAGCACACUUUUCCUCCAUUCCUCAGGCAUCUUCUCACCCGCUAGAAUUCUGUUGAACAAGCUGUUCAAAAACUCCACAGCCACCUCUCCUCGAUGCUUCCAUAUACCCCCACAGGAAUGUCAUCAGGACCAACAGCCUUUCCAUUUUUCAUCCUCUUUAAAGCCAUUCUAACUUCCCCCUUACUAAUCAUUGCCACUUCCUGGUCCACCACACUUGCCUUCUCUCUCAUGUUCCUCAUUAACUCCUCAAACUAUUCUUUCCAUCUGUCCAGCACACUACUGUCAACACAUUUCCAUCUCUAUCCUUAAUCACCCUAACCUGCUGCACAUCCUUCCCAUCUCUAUCCCUCUUUCUGGCCAACCUGUAUAGAUCCCUUUCUCCUUCUUUAGUGUCCAACCUGGCAUACAUGUCAUUAUAUGCCUCUUGUUUGGCUUUUGCCACCUCUACCUUUGCCCUACGUCACAUCUCAGUGUCCCACUUCUUCUUAUCUAACCUCUUGUAUGAUUUCCUGUACUGUGAGGUUGCACCACCAAGUCUCCUUCUCUCCUUCUCUCCUUUCCUGCCAGAAGAUACACUAAGUACUAUUCUGCCUGUCUCUCUGAUCACCUUGGCUGUAGUGGUCCAGUCUUCUGGAAGCUCCUCCUGUCCACCGAGAGCCUGUCUCACCUCUUCCCGAAAAGCCGCACAACACUCUUCCUGUCUCAGCUUCCACCACAUGGUUCUCUGCUCUGCCUUUGUCUUCUUAAUCUUCCUCCCCACCACCAGAGUCAUCCAACACGCCACCAUCCUAUGCUGUCUAGCCACACUGUCCCCUACCACUACCUUACAGUCGGGACCCUCCUUCAGAUUGCAUCGUCUGCACAAGAUGUAAUCCACCUGCGUGCUUCUACCUCCGCUCUUGUAGGUCACCCUAUGUUCCUGCCUCUUCUAGAAAAAAGUGUUCACUACGGCCAUUUCCAUCCUUUUUACAAAGUCUACCACCAUCAGUUCCUUUCCUGGAUGCCCUACUUACCCAUCACUUCUUCAUCACCCCCUGUUUCCUUCACCAACAUGUCCAUUACAAUCUGCACCAAUCACGACUCUCUCUCUGUCUGGGAUGCUCAGAACUACUUCGUUCUAGCGCCUUCCAGAAUUUCUCUUUCAGAUCUAGGUCACAUCCUACCUGUGGGUCAUAGCCGCAAUUCACAUUAUACAUAACACCCUCAAUUUCAAGUUUCAGCCUCAUCACUCGAUCUGAUGCUCUUUUCCACUCCAAGACAUUCUAAGCUAACUCUUCCCUGAAAAUAACCCCUACUCCAUUUUUCUUCCCAUCUACACCAUGGUAAAAUAAUUUUAACUCUGCCCCUAAACGUCUCGCCUGACUGCCUUUCCACUUGGUCCCCUGGACACACAAUAUAUCAAACUUUUCCUAAUCAUCAUGUUAACCAACUCCCGAGGUUUUUCUGUCAUAGUCCCAACAUUCAAAGUCCCCACAUUCAAGUCUAGGCUCUGUGCUUUCCUCUUCUCGUUCUGCCUUAAGAACCCGCUUUCCACCCCUCCUUUGUCUUCGACCCACCCACAGUAGCUGAAUUUGCACCAGCGCCCUGCAGGUUAACAGUGCCGGGGGCGGACGUUGUUAACCCGGGCCACGACCGAUCCGGUAUGGAAUGCUUUAGAUGAAUGCUCAUAUUUGUUUGGCAAAGUUUUAUGCCGGAUGCCCUUCCUGAUGCAACCCCCUGCAUUUAUCCGGGCUUGGGACCGGCCUAUAGUUUGCACUGGUUUGUGCCCCCCAUAGAGUUGCAUUGUAAAGUGUAUUUGUGAUUCUUAAUAAAAUACACCUCUUAAAACAUUGA